UCCGAGCAAGCUGUCGCUUACGCCGCCUUGAUCCUCGCUGACGAAAGCAUCGCCAUAACACCAGAAAAGCUCCAGACACUGCUCAAGGCUGCUGGUCUCGAGGACGUGGAGCCGAUUUGGACCACACUCUUCGCCAACGCACUCAAGGACAAGAACGUCAAGGAAGUCUUGACCGCGGUCACGGCUGCGCCAGCCGGC